AUGAUGGAGGGAAGCCGGCUGACGAGAGUGUCUCGACCCUACAAGAUCAGCGAGUCUUCAAAGGUGUACCGCUGGUCUGAGCACUCGACCACAGUGCUGCAGCGGCUGAACGAGCAGCGUCUGUGUGGCCUCUUCUGUGACAUCGUCCUGGUGGCCGAUGAGCAGCGCGUGCCAGCCCACCGCAACCUGCUGGCCGUGUGCAGCGACUACUUCAACUCCAUGUUCACCCUGGGCAUGCGUGAGGCCUUCCAGAAGGAGGUGGAGCUGAUUGGUGCCUCCUACAUCGGCCUCAAGGCCGUGGUGGACUUCUUGUACGGCGGGGAGCUGGCCCUGGACGGUGGCAACAUCGACUACAUCCUGGAGACGGCCCACCUGCUGCAGAUCUGGACCGUGGUGGACUUCUGCUGUGAGUACCUGGAGCAGGAGGUGAGCGAGGACAACUACCUGUACCUGCAGGAGCUGGCCUCCAUCUACAGCCUCAAGCGGCUGGACGCCUUCAUCGACGGCUUCAUCCUGAGCCACUUUGGCACCCUGUCCUUCACUCCGGACUUCCUGCAGAACAUCUCCAUGCAGAAGCUCUGCGUGUACCUGAGCAGCAGCGAGGUGCAGCGGGAGUGUGAGCACGACCUGCUGCAGGCCGCCCUACAGUGGCUGACACAGCAGCCGGAGCGCGAGGCCCACGCCUACCAGGUGCUGGAGCACAUCCACUUCCCACUCAUCCCCAAGAACGACCUGCUGCACCGCGUCAAGCCGGCCGUGUGCUCGCUGCUGCCCAGGGAGGCCAACUGCGAGGGCUUCAUCGAGGAGGCAGUGCGCUACCACAACAGCCUGGCAGCCCAGCCCGUCAUGCAGACCAAGCGCACGGCGCUCCGCACCAACGAGGAGCGCCUGCUGUUCGUGGGCGGCGAGGUCUCCGAGCGGUGUCUGGAGCUCAGCGACGACACCUGCUACCUGGACGCCAAGAGCGAGCAGUGGGUCAAGGAGACGCCCCUGCCGGCCCGACGGAGUCACCACUGUGUUGCUGUGCUGGGGGGGUUCAUCUUCAUCGCCGGCGGCAGCUUCUCGAGGGACAAUGGAGGGGACGCGGCGUCCAAUCUUCUUUAUAGGUAUGACCCCCGCUGUAAACAGUGGAUCAAGGUGGCCUCCAUGAACCAGCGCCGCGUGGACUUCUACCUGGCCUCCAUUGAAGACAUGCUGGUGGCCGUCGGUGGCCGGAAUGAGAAUGGAGCUCUCUCUUCAGUAGAGACUUACAGUCCCAAGACCGACUCCUGGUCCUACGUGGCCGGCUUGCCAAGGUUCACCUACGGCCACGCAGGCACCAUCUACAAAGACUUCGUGUACAUCUCGGGGGGCCACGACUACCAGAUCGGCCCCUACCGCAAGAACCUGCUGUGCUACGACCACCGGACGGACGUGUGGGAGGAGCGCCGGCCCAUGACCACGGCACGGGGCUGGCACAGCAUGUGCAGCCUGGAGGACCACAUCUACUCCAUCGGGGGCAGCGACGACAGCGUGGAGUCCAUGGAGCGCUUCGACGUGCUGGGCGUGGAGGCCUACAGCCCGCAGUGCAACCAGUGGACCCGCGUGGCCCCGCUGCUGCAUGCCAACAGCGAGUCGGGCGUGGCCGUGUGGGAGGGCCGCAUUUACAUCCUGGGCGGCUACAGCUGGGAGAACACGGCCUUCUCCAAGACGGUCCAGGUGUAUGACCGAGAGAAGGACAAGUGGAGCAAAGGCACGGACCUGCCCAAGGCCAUCGCCGGCGUGUCCGCCUGCGUCUGCGCCCUGAAGCCACGGCUGGAGGACAAGAAGAAGAAGGGCAAGGCCAAGAGGCACCAGGACCGGGGCCAGUGA